AUGGAGUUCCUCCUGGGGAACCCGUUCAGCACGCCGGUGGGGCAGUGCCUCGAAAAGGCAACAGAUGGCUCCCUGCAGAGCGAGGACUGGACAUUGAACAUGGAGAUCUGCGACAUCAUCAAUGAGACUGAGGAAGGGCCAAAGGACGCCAUUCGGGCCCUGAAGAAGCGGCUCAACGGGAACCGGAACUACCGGGAGGUGAUGCUGGCGCUGACUGUGCUGGAGACGUGUGUGAAGAACUGCGGCCACCGCUUCCACGUGCUCGUGGCCAACCGGGACUUCAUUGACAGCGUCCUGGUCAAGGUCAUCUCUCCCAAGAACAGCCCCCCUACCAUUGUGCAGGACAAGGUGCUCGCUCUCAUCCAGGCGUGGGCCGAUGCCUUCCGGAGCAGCCCUGACCUCACAGGAGUUGUGCAUGCCUAUGAGGAGCUGAAGAGGAAGGGUGUGGAGUUCCCCAUGGCUGACCUGGACGCGCUGUCCCCCAUCCACACACCGCAGCGGAGCGUCCCGGAGGUGGACCCCGCCGCGACCACACCCAAGUCCCAGUCACAGCCGAGGACGAGCAGUGGCCCCUAUUCGGCCCCGCAGGCCCCGGCUCUGAGCACUGCGGGCCCCAUCACUGCCAAUUCUGAGCAGAUUGCCAGACUGCGGAGUGAACUGGAUGUUGUUCGAGGAAACACAAAGGUCAUGUCCGAGAUGCUAACUGAGAUGGUUCCUGGGCAGGAGGACUCAUCCGAUCUGGAGCUGCUGCAGGAGCUGCACCGGACCUGCCGCGCCAUGCAGCAGCGCGUGGUGGAGCUUAUCUCCCGCGUGUGCAACGAGGAGGUCACAGAGGAGCUGCUGCACGUCAACGACGACCUCAACAACGUCUUCCUGCGCUAUGAGAGGUUCGAACGAUACAGGUCAGGCCGGUCGGCUCAAAAUGCCACUAAUGGGGUGCUGAGCGAAGUGACAGAGGACAACCUCAUAGACCUGGGCCCAGGGUCUCCAGCCGUGGUGAGCCCAACUGUGGGGAGCACAGCACCCCCAUCUUCUCUCUCCUCCCAGCUCGCUGGCUUGGACCUGGGUACAGAGAGUGUCAGCGGCACCCUGAGCUCGCUGCAGCAGUGCCAGCCCCGGGAUAGCUUCGAUGUGUUCGCCCAGACCAGAGGGAGUGCCUCGGCUGAGCAGCGCAACCUGCCUGCCUAUGAGGACCCCCAGGCCGUUGGAGUACCUGCUUCGGCAGUUGAUGGUCAUAAACAGAGCUCCGAAGUGAAGAGAGGUAAAGGUGGGGACUCUGCCCUGGAGCCCAUAGACAGCUGGCUCAUAGCCCAAGGAAUGAUCCCCGUGGUGCAGCCCUCGGUCAUGGACGACAUUGAGGUGUGGCUCAGGACCGACCUGAAGGGCGAUGACUUGGAGGAGGGCGUCACAAGCGAAGAGUUCGAUAAAUUCCUUGAAGAAAGGGCCAAAGCUGCUGAAAUGGUUCCCAACCUCCCAUCUCCCCCAGCGGACGCUCCGGCCCCAGCCUCGAAUCCCUCAGGCCGGAAGAAGCCGGAGCGGUCAGAGGAUGCCCUUUUUGCCCUGUGA